UUCGGGUGUCUGGCUACCAGUGAAAGGUCCAUGGAACUCGAGAAGGCAGGGAUCGAACGAUUUCGUCAUUUUGAUAUGAAAUUGGUAUAUAUAGAUUGAUGGAAUACCAGAUUAUUCAUUCCAUUUGGUAGACUACAAUCAUGGCAUUCAAAUUCGUUACUUUUGCCGCCCUUGUGGCUGUUGCCCGUGCUGGCAACUUGGGAUAUGCCGCAGCUCCAGCUGUUUCCUACUCCAGCAUCUCAGCUCCAGUCGCUCACUACGCUGCACCAGCUUUAGCCAAAGUUGCAACCUAUGCAGCCCCAGCCGUAUCUUACUCCAGCAUCUCGUCACCAGUAGCUCACUACGCUGCUCCAGCUGUAGCCAAAGUAGCAACCUAUUCUGCAGCUCCAGCCGUAUCUUAUUCCAGCAUCUCAUCACCAGUAGCUCACUAUGCUGCACCAGCUGUUGCUAAAGUAGCCACCUACUCUGCUCCAGUCGCUCACACCUACUCUUAUGCCCCAUCUGUCCAGACUUACUCUGCUCCAGUUGCCCACGCUUACUCUUAUGCCCCAUCUGUCCAGACCUACUCUGCUCCAGUUGCUCACACCUAUGCUGCUGCCCCAGCUAUCACCAAAUACGCUGCUCCUCUUGCCUACGCCACCCCAAUUGCCAAAACUAUUGUUGCCGAACCAGAAGCACCAGCUAACUACGAUUUUGGAUACUCCGUCAACGACCCCCACACCGGAGACAGCAAAUCCCAACAAGAAUCUCGUCACGGUGAUGUUGUCCAAGGAAGCUACUCCCUCAUCGAAUCUGAUGGAACCAAACGUAUCGUAGAAUACACCGCUGAUGCCCACAAUGGUUUCAACGCUGUUGUACACAAAGAACAAGCUGCCGUAGCUGUCAAAGCCGCCGUACCAGUUGUUGCCAAAUAUGCCGCACCAGCUAUCUCCUACGCUGCCCCAGUUGCCAAAGUAGCUUAUGCUGCUGCACCAGCUAUCUCCUACGCUGCUGCUCCAGCUCUCUACCACCACUAAGUGAUGAAUAUCGACCAAUUGUUGUGUAAAUAGAUUGUUUUAUUUAUUUUGGCAAACAUGCCUGAGUGACUCAUGAAUAAAUUUCUUCCUAAUUA